AUGGCCUUUCACAGUUUAGACAAAGGCGAGAACGCCGUCGGCAUACACACGGUCACGCUGGAAGCGCAGGCAAAUGCAGAUGACCAGAGCUUAGAACAAAGGGAUGAGAGAGAAGUGCUUGAGCAUCCCGAUGAGAUUACCCACCAUGCGCAGGCUGGAAUUCAGAAAGCCGAAGCUACCGCUCUGGUAUGGUCCAGCAAAGCCCUGUAUGGCACAUAUGCCUGGAUCUGGUUGUGCUUCUUCAUCUUGUCCAUGCAAUCGUCAAUUAGCAAUAACAUGAUCUACUACGCAUACGCAAAGUUCGCUUCAGCGCCGCAAAUAUCCCAAGCUUAUAUCGUAUCGACCAUUGUGGGGGGAGUCCUUCAACUUCCCAUUGCAAAGACUCUGAAUAUUUGGGGCCGUACCGAGGGAUUCCUGACAUUCUUAGCGGUGUUCAUCAUUGGACUGAUCGUAAUAGCCUCCUGUAAUGGUCCCAACGGAUUUGCUGCUGGCUACACCUUAUACUGGAUCGGCUAUUCAGCCCUGAAUUUCAUUCUCUCUGUGUUUGUCGCCGACGCAUCCGGACUGAAGAAUCGAGCCUUUGUCUAUGCCUUCAUCGGUACGCCGACCAUCUGCACAGCCUUUGCUGGGCCCAUCAUUGCCCAGGCAUUCGUCACUCAUUCAACUUGGCGCUGGUCUUACGGAUGCUUCGCCAUCAUCACCUUUAUCACUUUUGUGCCGCUCGCCGUCGUUUUUAAAUUCUACCAACGCAAAGCCGAGAAGCUGGGACUUUUCACGCACACCUCAAGUGACCGAACCACGACCCAGUCCAUCGUCCACUACAUCCAUGAAUUCGACAUCGUUGGUGCUUUCAUUCUGAUGGCUGCAUUCAUUCUGUUCCUCCUACCCUUCAGCCUCCAAACUUACGGCUUUACUGGAUACUCUUCUGCGAAGUUUAUCGCUAUGGUAGUCAUUGGACUACUGCUCUUCCCGGUCUUUGCUCUUUGGGAGACCUACUUCGCCAGAACUCCCUUCAUCCGAUGGGAGUUGUUCAAAAAGCGCACAGUUCUCGGAGCUUGUAUCCUGGCGGCCAUUAUUUUCUUCAACUACUACACGUGGGAUCAAUACUUUUACUACUAUGUGCAAGUGGUUUACAACCUCGACACAUCCAAGACAGGAUACAUGACACAAAUCUACGGCGUUGGAUCAACCGUUUGGGCGGUCUUAUUUGGCAUUUGGAUUCGCCAAACAAAGUACUUCAAGAAUGUUUGUCUCUUCUUCGGUGCACCACUACUGUUGCUUGGUGCAGCUCUGAUGAUCCACUUCCGAGGCUCACAAAGUGACAUUCAAUACCUGGUGAUGUGUCAAAUUUUCAUUGCCUUUGGGGGUGGAACCCUUGUUAUCGGAGAUGAAAUGGCUGUCAUGGCUGCCGCUGACCGUGACGGUGUCCCAUUGAUGAUUGCCAUGAUUAGCUUGUCUUCGAGUGUUGGUGGAGCCAUUGGAUACGCCGUUGCGAGCGCCAUUUAUGCCAAUACGUUCCCUCAGGCAUUACUCAGAGCCCUUCCAGAGUCGACCAAGGAGGAUUACGCCACUAUCUACGCCGGUGGAUCAGCUGCCCAACUGGUGUAUCCUCCAGGGAGCGAGACAAGAAAUGCGAUCAACUACGCAUGGGCUUAUAGCCAGAAGUACGAGUGCAUCACGGCAGCUUGUCUUGUUAUUCUUGCUUUCCCGGCGAUUGCCAUGUGGAAGAACUACGAUGUCGACAGGAAACAAGUCAAGGGUACUGUCAUCUAG